GGCAGUGCCGCCGCCAUGGCUUGGGGCUGGCGGCUGGGCCUGCUGGGCGGCCUGGCCGUGUGGGCGCAGCGGCGGCGGGCGGCGGCAGCGCAGGGUGCGGGGUGCGGGGAGCGGCAGGAGCUGGAGCUGCGCUUGGUGCAGGUGGUGUUCCGGCAUGGGGCACGCACCCCCCUGCGACCCGUCCCGGGGGCUGAGCCGCAGGUGGAGUGGCCGCCCAGCCUGUUGGAGGUGCCCGCUCACACGAAGCUCAACUACACAGUGACCGACCUCCGUGGCGGCCCGCAGCCUCCCUCGCCCUAUGAGGAGCGUUACAGGAAAACCACUUUCAAGGGUGGUGCUCUGGCAGGACAGCUGACCACCGUUGGGAUGCAGCAGAUGUUUGCCUUGGGGGAAAGGCUGAGGAGAAGCUACGUGGAGGAAGCCAGAUUUCUCUCACCAGCAUUUAAGCCUGCUGAGCUUACUGCUGGUGCUUGGAUCUGUUGCCAUCAAUGCUGCAAUUUCACAUCUGCUGAGGAGGUUUGCAUUAACUGCACUUCAGAAUCAAGAGAGGAAAGAGUUCCAGGACCUAUUGUCAUUGUCACUGAUGAAGCAAGCUCGGAAAUCCUCUACCCCAAUUACUACAACUGCCAGCGCCUCAAGUGCUUGACCAGGCAGAAGUUGAAGGAUGCUCAGCUACAGCCAGCGAUCUCUGAAGACUUGAAAACAAUUAAGAAGAAGAUGGGUGUUGAUGGUGAUGAGUCUGUGGACUUUUUUCUCCUCCUUGAUAACAUUUUUGCUGAGCAGGUGCACGGUUUGCCAAGCUGCCCUGUGCUGAAGGACUUUCAGCAGACCAUCGAGCGUCGAUGCAUAGACUCACUGCUUUUUGUUCUGGAAGACGGUUCAAGAGAAGUUCUUCAGAUGAGUGUUGGUCUCCUUUUCUAUACCUUACAGAAGAACAUUAGAGAAGCAGCAGAUCCCUCAUCUCCAGCUGAAAAGGCCAGAAAGCUCAUUCUGUAUGCGUCUCAUGAUGUUACCCUUAUUCCUCUCCUGAUGGCCCUGGGCACCUUUGAUCACAAGUGGCCCCCUUACGCCGCAGAUGUGACCCUCGAACUCUAUCAGCACCGGCAGUCCAAAGAGUGGUUUGUUCGCGUGUCUUACCAUGGAGAGGAACAAGUGGUGAAAGGAUGCAGAGCAGGACUCUGCCCACUAGAAGAAUUUCUAGAAGUUCUUUCGCAGUACUCAGUCAGUCCAGAGGAAUACAAUAAGCUGUGCUCUCAAACAGACGGGAAUCAGCAAAGUGACUUGUAAACAGUUGUCUUAAAUUAAAUAGUUUGAUAUCAUCGGAA